UAUUGUAAUGAAGAGUUUGAAGAAACACAGUAAAGGGGGCUGGCAGUCCCUGGAAGAGAGCUCCCCUCUAAAAAAAAAAAAAAACAUGUGGCUCUACCAGAGAGUUUGCCAACUGCUGUCCCCUGGCUUUCUGGAUGAAUUGAAGGAGCAGUGUGUGCUGGCUGGGCCUGUGUUCUUAUCCCAAAUUAUGGUAUUCCUGGUCAAUAUUGUGAGCUGUAUUUUUUGUGGACAUUUGGGCAAAAUUGAACUUGACUCUGUGAUACUCGCAAUUGCUAUCAUAAAUGUAACUGCAAUAUCCAUUGGAACAGGUUUAACCUAUUCUUGUGAUACACUCAUAUCUCAGACAUACGGAGGUAGAAACAUGAAACGCAUUGGAACUAUAUUACAGAGAGGAAUUCUGAUCCUGUUACUGUUCUGUUUCCCAUGCUGGGCCAUCUUCAUUAAUACUGAACAUAUUCUGCUGCUAUUCAGACAGAACCCGGAAAUUGCCAGGUUAACACAUGCAUAUAUGAUGAUUUACAUCCCAGCACUUCCUGCUGCUUUCCUUUAUCAACUACAGAUGAGGUAUUUGAUCAACCAGGGUAUAAUAUGGCCUCAAGUGUUCACUGGUAUUGCAGUAAACAUUAUAAAUGCUGCUGCUCAUGCUAUAUUGCUGUACGUGCUUAAUCUGGGAAUAGUAGGCUCUGCUGUGGCAAACACUAUUUCUCAGAUCAUGAUGUGUUUUCUGCUUUGUUCCUACAUAUAUUGGAGAAAACUGCACUUGGAGACUUGGAAAGGAUGGUCCAUAGAUUGUCUCCAAGAAUGGGGAGCUUUUAUGCGUCUGGCGAUUCCAUGCCUGCUGAUGUUGUGUGUAGAAUGGUUGAGUUACGAAGUUGGAGGUUUCCUUGCAGGUCUUAUAAGUGUGGUUGAGCUUGGAGCCCAGGCUGUAAUGCUGCAGGUGUCCACUGCAUGUUUCACGAUUUUAAAUGGAUUUUCGUCAGCUGCUAGUGUCAGAGUGGGAAAUGCUUUAGGAGCCGGAGAUAUUGACCAAGCUAAGCUUGCUACUAAAGUUUCUUAUAUAUGCACAGUAUUUGUUUCCUUCAUGGUUGGAGUUAUUGUUGCUGCAUCAAGAGAUUAUGUUACCUACAUAUUUACAUCAGACAAAGAAAUUGUUCUCUUAGUGUCCCAAAUGUUGCUAAUCUUUGCUCCAUACCAUAUAUUUGAUUCCCUCACUUCCACAGGUGCUGCAGUGUUACGAGGAGUGGGAAAGCAAAAGUUUGGUGCAGUUAUAAUCACAGUUGGAUUUAAUGCCAUUGGUUUGCCAGUUGGAAUCGUAUUAAUGUUUGCUGGAAAACUUGGUGUAAUAGGAUUGUGGUCUGGACUUGCUGCAGGUCUCAUUGUGCAAGCCAUCGCAUUUUUAGUAUUUAUUUUACAUUUGAAUUGGGACAAAGCACUUGAUGAGGCUCAGGACCGAGCAGGACUGAAACCAACUUCCAAGAAAAUGUACUUCAGUUCGACCACUCCAAAAUUAGAAAGCAAAUUUACUGACCCAGAAAAAAAUGGUGGGUAUUGUAUCGUACCAGAUGAUGACUAUGUUGAAAUGUGUACCCAUAUGUCAGAGUCGGAAGAAGAUCCCAUAAAGGAUACUCAAAACACUUUAGCACAGGAGAAAGAUUCCAUUACUGGAGCAAGAAACGUUGUUGGAGAAGUUCUUUCUAUGAAGCAAUUGGUUGUUUGGCGUGGGAUGGCUAUGGUUUCGGCUGUGAUGACACUGAUUAUUGGUAUAAUGGUAAAAUUUCUGUGUGGCAGUGGAUAAAGAAUUGCAAACUAA